AUGCUGGUGGCCAGCUUUGUGAACCCAGUGCUCUUCACGCUUCCCUUUGGCUUUAAGGUCUAUACCUAUGGCGUCUUCAUUGCCGCGGCAUUGUUCUCCUGCGUGGUCGUGGUCGAAAGCGAGCUCAAGCGACUGAAGGUCUCAGCCGACGGGGCCAUGAUGAUGUUAGCCUUCAUCCCUGGCUUCGGCAUUGGCUCCAAGGUACACCUCCUGGUCUCCGCCAUUGCUGCCGGUGGUGCUGUGCCAAACAUGUCCCUGGAGUCAGGCCAUAGCUUUAUGGGCUCCGCAGUGGGUGGCCUUUUGACGGCAGCAGCCUAUGGCUUGUGGUGCGGCUUGAGGCCUUUGCCCUUGUUGGACAUCAUCGCGCCGUUGGUGCCAUUAGGCCAUGCUGUGGGAAAGAUCGGUUGCUUCCUUUCGGGUGAUGGCUGCUAUGGCCCGCGCAGCGAUGCCCCAUGGGCCGUCUCGUUUCCCAACGGAUUAAUGCCCACGAAAGAGGCGGUGCAUCCGACUCCCUUGUACGAGUGCACGUUGUCCAUGACGCUCUUUCUCUUUCUGCACUUCUUUGUGUCGCUGCCGUCAGAAGGCGGCCCUUCUCGAAACGUAGGCGUUCGGAGUGCCCUGACCUUGUCGUUGUAUGGCCUGGAACGCAUGGCCAUCGAGCCCUUCCGAAGGCAUCCUCCGAGUGAAUACUUGUUUGGCCUCACGGAGUAUCAGUUCCUGGCGGUGAUCUUCAUCUUGCUUGGCGGGGUGCUUUACAUCCUGGGCGGGACAACAGACCCCUGGCCCUUGCGCUUUCCAAAGAAGGAAAACGCUGAAGAGACGGAAGAGAAGACGGAGGAUGAGAAGAAGGAGGAUUGA